CUAUUGAAUAUACCUACCGAUUGAAUAAUAUUACAUUAUAGGUGCCUACCUAAUACCUGGGUAUAUUCUAGCCGUGCGCUGCCGGACUAACCGGACCCGUGGCCCAGCCAGGUUUGCAAGAGGAUUGAAAUAUCGGACGUUUCUGAGGACCCGUCUGCUCGAUUGAACCCUGCCGAGGCUCCCAACCAAAUCCAACGAGACAGCCGAAGCCUGGCCGAGUCGCGAACCCGAACCCCCAACUGCCCAUUCCCUCCUCCCCCAUGGCGUCCCCCCAGGAGACGGGGGAAUUCCUCGGCUACGUCGGCAACGUCGCCUGCUACCGGUGCAAGCUGCGGGGAAACGGCAUCACCGACACCAACUCGAACUGGCGGCUGUGGAACGCCGACAUGAAGGUCUACCGGGCCGCGAAGCCGCCCCGCAGCCUGGUCUCUGCGGACGACGGCGGCAGCGACGAGGUGUUCGCGUCCAAGGACGAGGAGCUGCUGACGCGCAUGGACCGCGCGCGCAAGGCCAUAAUGUGGUUCACUGUGGCCGAGAAUCUGCGCGAGGAGCACCUGCUCGACAUGGGCGGCACCGACAAGACUGCCGAGGACGUCAUGCGCCGGCUCUGGGAGCGGGUCGCCCCCCCGGGCACACCGUACCAGCCGCUGGAGAAGGUCCAGAUCACCGAUAAGAUGCGCGAGGACAUGCGCCGGUUCGAAGAGAGACGCGCCGCGCGCGAUCAGGAGAUGCGCGAGGAGGAGGCGGCCCAGGACGAGGCGCACGCGAAGGUGGCCACCACGAUCGCCGCCACGGCCGCCGCGCUGCCCGAGGCCAGACCGGCGAUGAAGAGCAGCGGCGGCAGUAACAAGAAGAGCAAGAACAAGAAGAAGAAGAAGUCCAAGAAAUGAACAACCCCAAACACUGAGGAGGCGCGAUAUCCCGGCUGGCCGACCUAGCCGGCUCCCCUUCCCAAGGCGUAGUAACAAGAGCCUUGCGCGAAGCGGAGAAGAGCGGCAGUGGACUCCCCCGCAACCUGAGCGAGCAUGUACAAGUGCCGAUGCCCCUGUGCGGCAAUGAGAGAGCUGGCCCGUUGACGGACGCACUAUGCGCAGCUCCCCUGGCGGGGUCGAGUCGAAAUGUGCUUGAGGAGUUGGGGUCUGCUAUUUGGUUGGAUUAGUCUGGCUGGUCUGCCUGCGGGCGCCCUCGGCGUUGGUAGCACUACAGGUUGCGCUCUUGAGCAUGUUUAAGUGGCAGGGCGUUUGUAGGUCCCCCAUCUGGUGGUACUACUCGACGAAGAACACGACGAUAAUGCGCACCUGCGACCAGCUUGGUUGGAACGAUGUGGUGGGACACGAAGCUCGCAUU